UUGAAUAUGGUGAAAGGUUCCGGUUCCUCUUGCCGUUAUUGUGAAAUAUUGCAAUGGUCGAAUUAACUGUAAAAUUAAUUAAAAGAAAAUAUAUGCAACACCAAUCACACAAGUCAUUCUUAAAAGAUGCGGAAAAAAAUUGCCUGACGAAGAUAACGCAUUUGUUUAUGAAUGAACAAUUCAUUUGUGAAAUUAAUAAUUUUAGUAUAUGUAGGAAUUUGAAAGUCAUUUAUCUGCAAAGAAACUUUAUAAAAAAGAUUAAAAAUCUAAAUUUUGCGACAAAUUUAACGCAUCUUUAUUUGCAACACAACGAUAUCACGAAAAUUCAAAAUCUCAAUUGUCUGAUAAAUCUCAAGAAGCUUUAUUUGGGAUACAAUAGAAUUGCCGUAAUUGAAGGUUUGGAAAAUCUGUCAAAUUUAUCAGACUUGCAUAUUGAAAAGCAAAAAUUACCUCUAGACGAGAGAUUAGUUAUCGAUCCAAAAACGGCAAACACUCUAUCCGUUUGCCUGGUAUAUUUAAACGUCUCGGAUAAUCAUAUGGUUUCAUUGAACGGCAUAAACAAUUUUAAAAAAUUAGUAACUUUGGAAGCACAGUAUAACUUGAUCGAUAACCUUGAAGAAUUGAAUACGACCGUUGACACUCUAGACGCAUUGGAAAAUUUAUUUUUGGAAGGAAAUCCAGUAACAAAAAUCUACCGAUAUCGAGAAAAUGUUAUUGCCAGUAGCCAUUCCUUAAGCAAGUUAUUUAUAUCUUAUUUAGACCAGAAACUUGUUACGAAAAAUUCGAGAGAUUUUCUUAAAAAAUUUAAAUAUGAAAGACUUAAUCAGUCCAAAAAAAAGUCACCGUUCACUUUAAGCGAAGAUAUUACUCAUACUUUGAACUUACCGCCAGCAUUUAGAAGAUCAAUUACAAGGGCAAUGCUUCACAAUAUUAAUCCAAAAUUUUCAUUCUCGGACAUUUCAAUGAUAGGAGAUUCACAAUCGCAAAUCUUUCCACCUUGGAAAUCAACAUUAUCUGUUAAAGGAUUAAAGAAUAAUCGCGUUCUGCCUCGUCCAUUUUGGAAACACAAAAUGUGAAAUAACGUUUUAU